ACAGAGAGGUCAAAUUUCCUUUGUUCCGACCGGGAACUAAACGCAACAUGUACCAUGUGACCAAAAGCAGGAAGCUGACUGAGCGUCAACAGAAGAACGACGAAGAUGGCUACUUCAGAUUGGCACCUGUCAUUGAAGCUGGUAGAUCAGCCCAAGUCUACUUUCCACUUUCCGGAGAUGAUGCCAGGGGAUGUCCCACCUGGAGGAUACAGAGUUGCCACCUUAAAACAGCUUGUAGCAGCUCAACUACCAGACUCCAUCCCAGACCCUGAGCUAAUAGAGCUGGUUCACUGUGGACGGAAGCUGAAGGAUGACCUGACGCUGGAUACCUGUGGGGUUCAAUCAGGAUCCACCUUACAUAUUCUCAAAAAGACAUGGCCAGAGCCAGAGAGUAGCCCAGAGCCUGUCAACAGAGCGACUGCAGCCAGGGAGUUCAGGGUGUUUCAUGCUGCGCUUCAUUCUCUCAACUCUGCCUACAGAGAUUCUGUAUAUAAAAUGCUGACAAACAAAGAAUCUCUUGAUCAGAUCAUUGUAGCUACACCAGGGCUCAGGUCAGACGCCGUAGCUCUAGGAGUGCUUCAAGACAAAGAUCUUUUUGUGCAGUUCACAGAUCCCAACAUGCUAGAUGUACUAAUCACUUCACAUCCGGCCCUUGUUAAUGCCAUCAUCCUUGUCCUGCACUCGGUGGCAGGAAGUAUGCCCUCUCAGUCCAGUGCCAGCUCCUCUCGUAACGUUUCUGCCAGUUCUUACAGUGACAUGCCAGGAGGCUUCAUGUUUGAAGGCAUGUCUGACGACGAGGAAGAAUUUCAGUCUGGAAGCCCAGCGGGCCCCUCCAGCAGAGGCGGGCUCUCAGCAGGAAUUCGACCCGUGUCUCUUGGUCACAGUGGAGCGACGGGCCCGCGACCUAUAACGCAGAGCGAGCUUGCAACUGCUCUGGCCCUCGCUAGCACUCCUGACAGCAGUGCUGUCACUCCAACAACAGCAAGCCAGUCGGACCCCUCCAGUGGUGUAGCCCCCAUGCCAGCUGGGACACCAGUCAGUAAUGAUCUCUUCAGCCAGGCUCUUCAACAAGCUCUGCAAGCCACCAACAUGUCUGCUCUACAGGGCCGAUGGCAGUCCCAGAUGCAGCAGCUCAGGGACAUGGGGAUCCAGGAUGAGGAGCUAAUGCUGAGAGCGCUCCAGGCCACAGAUGGUGACAUCCAGGCUGCCCUCGAGCUCAUAUUUGCUGGAGGUCCUGGACUCUGAACCCAAAUCCCACAGACGGAACUUCUAUAGAGGGAGCAGGGGAAAAAAGCUGGCCUAACUGCUGACCGCAAAUAAUAAGGAAUUACUUGGACUGUCUCUUAUCCAGACCAAAUGUUUCAGCUGAGCACCACAACUUUCAGCUUUUUCUUAUUAAUGUGACAAAACUUGUAAUAAACUUAAAAUAUACAUCAUUAAUAUAA